GCGGGCGGGGGGCUCGGCGCUCCCGGGCGUCAGUCGGGCCGCGGCGACGGCGGCAGGAGCGCGUCCCGGCGCCGCCUCGGGCUCCGUUCGGCUCGGGGGCUGCUCCGGGAGGAGGAGAGCCAGGGGAGGCGCCAGGCCCGCGGCCGGGCGCAUGGCUUAGGGACGCUCCCGGCCGCCGCAGCCCCAGCAUGGGGAAACUUCACUCCAAGCCGGCCGCCGUGUGCAAGCGCAGGGAGAGCCCGGAAGGUGACAGCUUCGCCGUGAGCGCUGCCUGGGCUCGGAAGGGCAUCGAGGAGUGGAUCGGGAGACAGCGCUGCCCGGGCGGUGUCUCGGGACCUCGACAGCUGCGGUUGGCGGGCACCAUAGGCCGAAGCACCCGGGAGCUCGUGGGCGACGUGUUGAGAGACACGCUCAGCGAGGAAGAGGAGGACGACUUUCGGCUGGAAGUGGCCCUGCCUCCUGAGAAGACUGACGGGCUGGGCAGCGGAGAUGAGAAGAAGAUGGAGAGAGUGAGCGAACCCUGCCCAGGCUCCAAGAAGCAGCUGAAGUUUGAAGAGCUCCAGUGCGACGUGUCCGUGGAGGAGGACAGCCGGCAGGAGUGGACCUUCACCCUGUAUGACUUUGACAACAACGGCAAGGUCACCCGAGAGGACAUCACCAGCUUGCUGCACACCAUCUAUGAGGUGGUGGACUCCUCUGUCAACCACUCCCCAACAUCCAGCAAGAUGCUGCGGGUAAAGCUCACCGUGGCCCCCGAUGGCAGCCAGAGCAAGAGGAGCGUCCUUGUCAAUCAGGCUGACCUGCAGAGCGCAAGGCCCCGAGCAGAGACCAAGCCCACUGAGGACCUGCGGAGCUGGGAGAAGAAGCAGCGAGCCCCGCUCAGGUUCCAGGGUGACAGCCGCCUGGAGCAGUCUGGCUGCUACCACCAUUGCGUAGAUGAGAACAUCGAGAGGAGAAACCACUACUUAGAUCUCGCCGGGAUAGAAAACUACACGUCCCAGUUUGGGCCUGGCUCCCCUUCCGUGGCCCAGAAGUCAGAACUGCCCCCCCGCACCUCCAAUCCCACUCGAUCUCGCUCCCAUGAGCCGGAAGCCAUCCACGUCCCACACCGAAAGCCCCAAGGCGUGGACCCGGCCUCCUUCCACUUCCUUGACACCCCAAUCGCCAAGGUCUCAGAGCUCCAGCAACGGCUCCGGGGCACCCAGGACGGGAGCAAGCACUUUGUGAGGUCCCCCAAGGCCCAGGGCAAGAGUGUGGGUGUGGGCCACGUGGCCAGAGGGGCAAGAAACAAGCCCCCUCUGGGACCGGCCAUCCCUGCGGUGUCCCCCUCCACCCACCUGGCUGCCAGCCCGGCCCUCCUCCCCUCCCUAGCCCCCCUCGGGCACAAGAAGCACAAGCACCGAGCCAAGGAGAGCCAGCAGGGCUGCCGGGGCCUGCAGGCACCACUGGCCUCAGGUGGCCCUGUCCUGGGGCGGGAGCACCUGCGGGAGCUGCCCGCCUUGGUGGUGUACGAGAGCCAGGCCGGGCAGCCGGUCCAGAGACAUGAGCACCACCACCACCAUGAACAUCACCACCAUUACCACCACUUCUACCAGACAUAGAGCCCCUCCCCAGGGCCCCACCCUGCCAUAUGAAGGACCCCACCCCCGACACCCCAAGGCAUUAUUAUUCUAUUAAUUAUUGUUAUUAUGAUGAUUAUUGUUAUUAAUAAUUAUUGUUACUCCACUAAUAUUUAGCUAGCCUACAUGUAGAAGAUCUAUGGAAACACAGAACUAAACUUUUAUUUAUAUGUUGUGGGGACUGCAUAACUAGCCCAGGAAAUGACUCUGGUUCUGAGUGGCCUGUAAUGGGCAGAGGCUCCCUCGGGGCUCGGGAUCUGCAGCAUCUGUGUGGAUCAGCCCACACCCUUCCCAGAGCCAGGGAGCCCUUAGCCUCAACUCUGCCCCACCCCAGCCUCUUCCAGGAGAGCACCCUUACUUGGCCCGGCUUCCAGAGACCCUCGAAAUCUCCGAGAAGAUAAACAGCUGCUACCUCUUAGUAUUAUUCUGAUUUUAUUUUGCCCUUAACUGAUUGUUAUAUGCUACAAGGGAUUUCAGUGGACUGCAGAGUGCGAACGUCUUGCUGUUGUGUUUUUAUGUCCCAACCUAGAAACCUUAGCUGUCUUUUCUGGAGUUGUCUUUCAUGCUUUUCCAGUGGGAUCAAGCCCUUUUCCCCAAGAGUCCCAUCUCUUCUGCCAUGCACGACAUGAAAAUCCACUUCUCUUCCUUCUCCUUCUUCUCCUCUCUACUUUACAGUGAUACACACACGUAUUUAAGGACUAUCCCUGAGACCAUCCUUCUCAUUUUGGAAACUGCUAGGGAGGGAACCAACCACUUAAACAAGCGUGGUUUUCCAAGAUCCAGGCAAUUGUGUGCUGUUGGUUGUGGUGGAGGAUGUGGCAGAUACAUACGUACCUACACGGUUCUCUAACAGAGCUUUCUGUAUCUAUAGAUAGAUGCCAUCUGUCCAUUUCUAUGUAUCUUUCUAUAAAUAUACACUCUCAGGUAUCUUUUCUGGUGUGUAUAAAUCAGUGGUUUGCUUCCCUGGACGCUUCUGGAACCCAGAUGUGACCCUGCUUGUCUCCUUUUGGGGCUGGACGGCUCUCAGAUGCUUUCAUCAGAGGUCCAUUCUCGGGUUUUGGGGUCUGAUGGAUUUUGGAGAGAACUGCUGGGGUACAGAAACUUGGUGGGAAAAGGGGACUGUGGCCAGAGUUGGGACCCUGGAGCAGCAUCUUCUGCAGAGAAGGAUUUUGUCUGGCCAGAGCCUGGAGAAACCUGAAAAAGAACCAGUCAGCUAGCCAGGGUCUCAGAGAAAAGCAGAUUACACACUCAAAUUGGGUAAUUUGAGCAGAGCUUAAUAAAGGCAGUAUUUACAAAGUGUGGGCUAAGCCUCCCAUGAGAGUGCAGAACCCUGGGGCUAGCAGUGUGGGGCGCUAUUCCCACCCCUGGGCCUGAGUGGGGAAGGAGUUAUCUUUAGCAGACAGAGGAUUGCUGGAGGAGUGAGAGGGGCACCUGAAGGAGCUGUGACCUUUGCUUAAAGGAUGCAGCCAGUCAUGGGGACCCUCCAGGGAAAUUAAUAUCCUGACCUGCUUUCCUGCCCCCCAGCCCCCUCAAUCCAUUGGCUGAGGCCGCUGGAAGCCACCGGGCCAAGGGAGCUUGUUGAUGUGGGUCACACGGGCAUGUUCCCAGGUCAGAGAGGAGAGUGGAGAGUGAAUCUAGGGAGACUCAAGAGGGAGAAGUGACUCCAGCUACCUUCCUUUCUGCCGUUUUGUCUCCCAGCUGGCAUCCUCUUUUCCAGAGCCUCGAGUUUGGGUUUAAUGUAGUUAGUAAGGAGUUACUUCCAAAGGUAGUGGGCUUAGUUGUCACCGUAUCCUUAAUUUUAUUAAUGACUGAUGUGCCUGGGAUUGGAUUAAUACAUUAAUCCUUAGGACAGCCCCAUGAGGCAGCUUGGUGGCAGCUCAGGAAGCAUGUCUAAGGCUCAGAAGUUCAUAACUCCCUUGAGGCCGCACAGAGGGCAGAGCUGGAAUUCUGGUCUCCCACUCCAUCCCUUCGCCACUGGUGCAGAGCUUAAUCACGGCCAUGGGCUGCCCUUGUUUUGGGUUGUGGGUUUCUGUUCAGUGAGAACGCAACUCAAUCCAAAGUGAAUGAAACCAAGUUGGAAGGCAGGGAGGGAACUGGCUUUGAGAUGACAGGGUCCAGGAUGUGAAUGCAGCUGAGACUGGUUCUUGUCUCUCCCUCUUGUCCCUCGGAUUGAUACUUGUACUCAACUACAUGCUUUUGUCAGGGAACCCUGCUGCCGGCCUUCUGGGUCCCCUAACCAUAAGAAAAAGGACCUUCCGUUAGUGUAAAGCCCAAGGCAGGAUUCUGCUUGGCUGGGCGUCAAUCUGGUACCCAUAGCUGGACCAAUCAUGACAUCCCAGAUGUGGUCACGUGGCCAACCUGCCGCAAGGGGGUGGGGUCUGUACCGGAAGACAGGAGGGGAGGGGUGCAGAUCGCACAGGAAGUAAUGGCAUCCCAGGCCCCGAAUUGCUGCAACCCUGGAGGCCAGCCCGGAGUUGAGACUACUGGUUUUAGAGCAGUUCCUCUGCCUCCCUGAGCUCCACACCUGUCAGGAUUCUGUUACUUCUUGGUAACUGGGACUUGCCCAACUUUAAAAACAUUAUUUAAAAAAAUAGUAAUGUGCACAUGUAAAAGAUUCAAAUAGUAUAUAUACAAGGUGUACAGUAAAAAGUAAACUCCCCUCCAUCCCAGGCCUGCCAGCAUCCCUGAUGCCGACUUUCUGGGUGUGGCCUAGGGCCCCUCAGUGUAAUGUAGGGGUUGUGAGCACAGACUUUGGUGCCAGCUUGCUAGGUUCGAAUCCUGACUCCCUCUUUGUAGCUCUGUGCUUCAACUGAAAUACUGUGCCUCAGUUUCUCCUUUAUAAAGGCGGGGAUCAUGAGAGUGCCUGUCCCUUGUGAGCACUAUGAAAGUGUUAGCUGUUCUUUACCAGAAUAAAUGCAUUUCUAUAUCUUCCCAUAUGCAUUUUGUUAAUUUUUAAAGUAUUUCAAACACAAAGUUUGAAACAGAAAAUUGUGUAACAUUAACUGUGAACUUACCACCCAGAAUUUACAAAUGCUGACAUUUUCCAAUAUUUAUUUCGGAUCUAUUUUUAAGCGGGGGAACCCUGCAGUUACUGCUUAAUCCUCUUCCCACCCCACCCUUUUAUUUUUACACAAGGAGCAUAGUGUUCAUACUUAUGCUAUUUUUUUCAGUAACUGAAUAUAUUUGGAGAUCUCCCUCCCUAGGUCAUAGAGCUCUGCCCCCUUCUCUCUAACAGCUGCUCAGCCUUCUGUGACUAGAGGUGCUGUCACCAGCUUGCCCCAUCCCCUCCUGGUGGUCAUAAGGGUCAUCUCUCAUCCCAGGCUCUGGCGAACACUGUGCUGAGAGUCCUUGCAUACAGCUCUCCCGGUGCCCACAGGCAGGAACACAGGCGACAGAAAGUUUCCACGUGGAACUGCAGAGUUCAAGAGCAAGUGUGAUUUCAAUUUUGAUGAGAUUGUACAUGACCACUAAAAGAGGUUAUACUGGCCGGGCACGGUGGCUCACGCCUGUAAUCCCAACACUUUGGGAGACCGAGGUUGGUGGAUCACCUGAGGUCAGGAGUUCGAGACCAACCUGGGCAACAUGGUGAAACCCCGUUUCUACUAAAAAUACAAAAAAUUAGCUGGGCAUGGUGGUGCGUGCCUGUAAUCUCAGCUACUCGGGAGGCCAAGGCAUGAGAAUCGCUUGAACCUGGGAGGCAGAGAUUGCAGUGAGCUAAGAUUGCACCACUGUACUCCAGCCUGGGCGACAGAGUGAGACUCCGUCUCAAAUAAAUAAAGAGGUUAUACUGAAUAAUGAGGAAUCAAAGGAAGAAGAAGAAAGAGAGGAAGGAAGGUUGGAAGGAAGGAAGGAGGGAAAAUUAGAAGGGGAAACCAUGAUUGCUGGUGAGGUUUUGAGCACAUUUUCCUGCAGGCUGGUAUGGGUGAGAGGUUUGGUCUUGUUUGCAAAUCUUCUGAAGGCCAUUCCAGAGGAGCAGUUGCCACUGCCCCAUCCCCUGAGCUCUGAGCAUGGGGGUUCCCCUGGGGAGACUCCUGGUGAAAGGAUGCCGAUUUCUGCUGAUCUGUCACUGGGUACCGAGGACUGGGUGUGUUUAAGGCAGACAGCCAGGUGAGGAUCCCAGCUACUGGGGCCUGCUGUCAUCUCCUGGGAGUGCCUGGGGGUCAGGAGCCUAGGGGACUCUUGCACUUCACAUCCAGCCAUGCUAAUUACACUUUUUGGCAAAGGAAACAGCUAGGAGCAGUUUCUUUCACUCCUGCAGCCCCGUUUUCUCAGUGUUUAGACCUCAAAUUAUUACUGGGCUAGAGGGAAGGCAGCCUCUGAAGUGUGGCAGGAGGAGGGGAAGCCUGCCUGCAUCUUGGUGUGUCUGUCAGAUGCCAGCACUAAUAACCUGGCUUCUGUGAGGCCUGUCAGUGCUCUCAGGAAUGAAAGGGGACCCCUGAGAGGUGCUCAGUACCAGCAGGCUGUGAACGCUCUCUACCCACCACCCUCACCUCCUCGUUAAAGAUGGUGCUACCUGCCACACAGCAGACACCUGGUCGCUGCACACCCGAAAGACCCCAAGGCAGUCUGCCCCUUGUCCAGCCACACGCCAGCACCCACCCUCCUGGCCCCUGCCUCGGCCUCCCCAGACCAGCUGCACCCAGCCCCCAACACGCACCCCUUCUCCAGAUGUGUGCAGGGCUUCAUUUUGCAGAGCAAAGACAGAUGUUUCAGCCACACGCUUUAUUAACUUCUAAAACCUGUGCUCAGGACACUCUUCCACAGUCAUGAAAAGUUUGAUCACUUGCCACAGUCAGGACCUUUGUGUGGGGCUCUGAUCUGAUGUUCGGUCUCGUCAUCUCCCAAACCAGCAGUCGUUUGUACCCCAACCCUCUGCUCAGGGGCUCAUACCCCCAAAUGAUUUUCCUGAUUUAUGUAUUUCCCUACAAAGGGCUUUCUAUACCUAGCAUCUGCCUCCAGCAUGAGAAGGGGGAAUAGGUGAGACCCAUUUGCCAGUAGCAGACGGGGACCCUGGGGAGAAAAUGGCAGAGCCUGUUGGAGACUCCCUGUCUCCAGCUGACCAGCCAAUGGGAUUCCUCUUCCCUCCACUGUCUCCCACAAAGUAGAAGAAUCCUGGUACAUUUAGCCCAUGAGCCUGGCACAGAUCCCUAUCUAGACAUGAGGCCCUUUAGACAUGACUUUGGCAUUGACCAGCCUGUUGGCAAUGGGUCGGGGAGGCAGAGGGAAUGCUCACACCAGUAAUUCUCAUCCCCUGAAUGCUUGGGAUCACCUGGGGAGAGUUCAUAAAAUACUGGUGCAGGGGUCCCACCUCUGAUGAUGCUGAGUGGUGGGUCUGGGGUGUGGCCCGGGCAUCAUGAUGUUUCAGGCCCCCAGGUGACUUCUUAGGCAGCCCAGCUAAGCCCCUAGAGCCUUGCAUUUUCCCCCAGAUGACCUCAGAGGGCCCGAUUUGAGGGAAAUGCCUAACUUCAGGGGCCGUAAGAAUCCCCCAGGGAGCAUGUGAAAUGCAGAUACCAGGCCCACCCCCAGAGAUGAGCUGAGGUGGGUCAGGGGUGAAGUGCAGGGAUCAGUGUUUUUCACAAGCUCCACACCUCCAGGAAAUGGUGUUGUGGUUGGGCCCAUAGAUAACAUUCUGAGAGUCCUGUUGCCUGUGCCUUGGUGCAUGUGGGGUGGAAUCCCAGUGGCCCUGCCUUGAGGAGGAUGUGCAUUAACGUGGUAGGGGAGACAGAGACAGCUCCACUUGCCCCCUGCCCCACCGGGGACCUCCAAAAACUUCAUGGAUGUUAGAGCAAGCAGCCAUGCUGCAGCAGAGGAUGAGGCUGGCGGAUUUAGUAAGAGUCCUCUGUGUUUGGGCUGAGUUCUUUCUCUAGUUGCCCUGUCAUCUGGCCUCUGGAUAACCCACCUCUCCUCCCUCAUCCUAAAAUUACAGAUGGCGAAAGACGGCCACAUUUAGUGAGACCCCUAAGGUCCUCCAACUAGGGUGGGUCCACAGUGGCCCCUGGUGCAUGGACCACACACUCUCUUCCCUCCUCUGGCUCAGGACUAGGGUGUGAAAUUAGGGAGAUAUGAAUGUCUUCUUGAAAACUUCUCUUCCCAGUCUUCCCACUUUGCUUGGGGGUCCUUGGUCAAGGCCAGCUUUGGGGACUAGGGCUUGUUGCGACUACCAGCUGUCUCAUUUUGCUGUACUGCAAACUCAGGCUUGGUUCCAAGCUUAUGGGGGCCCUGUCCUUCCCCUAGUAGGGUUUGUUUUGGGGUCACAUCUGGUCAGACCCUUCAGAGAGCUCUUCCCCAGCCUCUACAUCAGGGAGAGAGGUAGGUAGGGAGGAGCAUUCAAGGAUUAGAAGAAGGACUAAAGUACAACAGCCUUGGAGGAACUGCCAGGAACCAAGGGCGAGCACUGGAGAAGGCAACCUGGGACCCCCUGGGCUUCUGAGCAGGAAGACCAAGACCUUCAGGGGCCCUAAGCACUGAAAACAUCAUUCCUCAUCCCCAAGCCCUGGCAUCCCCGUUCUUCUAAAAUAACUCUUUUCUAGAUCUUUCUGAUUGCAAAAUUCUGGGUGGGUUCAUCCAAGCUGACCUUUGCUGUUUUUUUCCUUCCCAACAAGGCCUCACUUUUUGGAGCCACCUUAGCUGGUGCCUAGGCAGAGGGGCAGUCAGCAGUGGUUAUCAGGAUCCUGGCUCUGUGGGUUGCCUUCCUCCUGGUCUGUAAAGCCCCUGCAGGCAGGGACUUCUUAGAUAGCUGCUUCCUUAGGGCAUGGCAUGUAGUGGGUGGUUAAUGAAUGGAAGAGAGGGAAUGAGCGAUCAAGGGAGGGAGGAGGGAGUGGAGUGGAGAUUUCUCAUCCUUUCCUGUUAAUUUAUGACAUCCUCCUGCCUAUGAGUCCUUGACUCUGGAGUUUUACAAAGCAGUCACAUUUCAAAUAAAGGUCUGGGAAAGCAACACAUCAUCGCCAACUUUUAAUUUUGCUAAAUAAGGAUAUUAGAAAAAGAAUAGAAAAUUGCAGUCCCUUACUGUUUAAAGAAAAACCAAAAGAAGUUAAAAAGAAAAAAAAAAAAACAACCUCAUUGUGUUGUCUUUGUUUUUGUUUUGUUUUCUUUCCUUGGAAAUCAGUGAAAAUUUGGUCAGCCACACAUUGUAGUAGGGCUAGAAUUUCUCUUCCCAUUUUAGAGACGGGAGACCUGAGACUCCAGGUGGGGGUGUGGAGUCCAAAUGGACAGUUCUUCCCAAAGCUGAGCGCAGACCGGCUUGCAGGUCCUUUUUCCAGUCAUGGCCUCAGCUGUCUGCAAAGGACUUGGGGGAGGCUGACAUCUCUGAUGUUUGGAGAGGGGGCUUCUGCAACCUCCAACACUGGUCAGUAACUCCACAGAGGCCAUUGGCGGGGGUGGUCUGCUUGUAUCAGCAGGCCUGUCAUGGCCAGUUCAAUGGUCGGCGCUGAACUAUGUCUCUUGGUGCCUGGUAGAGGGGUUGGAGUGGGCCUGAGGCCAACUUGCUCAGAGCCACACUCCCCAGGAAGCUGUGGAGUCUGGAACUCUGCCCUGCCUUCCUGUCCCCUGCCCACUCUAAGCCUCCAGAAGUCAAUCCUCUGUUCACCGGGACCAUACCUAGCCUGGCCCAUCGAUGUGUCAUGUUUGACCCAUCAAGGGUUUCAAAAAUUUUUAAUUAAUUUCCAAAAUCUGAGGGUUUCACCUAAAAACCUGGAUGUUUGGCUUUUCUCAUAAAAAUCAGAAAGUGGGUUUACCCCAGGCUCCCGUUCCCACAUGGCUGCAAUCCACCUGCCCCUUCCAAUGGUGCACAUGCCUUUUUUCCUGCGCCCGGAGCCCCUCUCAACCUGAUUUUGAGGCCUGGCUUUGAUGCGAUUCAGCUCAUGACCCCUGUGCAGCCUCAAGCACCUAAGUUUUGGAGGUCAGUGAUGCCACUUAAAAACCUGUUCAGGGCAGAGCGUUAGACAGGAGGAUGGCUAAGGGAGCAGCUUCAGGCAUGGGAGGACUUUCAUGGGGAAGUCUUUGGGGCAGUCCUGGAGACCCUCACAAUGUGGCCCCACUCCUCCUUUAGAUGGGGCAAGGUGGGCUGGAACCCCCAGCAAAGGGUCCCAGGCUGUGUGAGACCCCGCCCAGCACUCCUUAAACAGCCAAGACAGGUGGAAAGCCCCAACUCAAAAGACUGGCUGGAUUGUACCCGGCUCAGUGACUUCCCCUCUUUGAGACGCAGUUUGCUUUUCUGUAAAGUGGACCUAAUGAGGCCCGCUUGGCUUCAGCUCCAGCGACUUUGGAGAUUUAAGCAAAGCAAGAAAUGGGAAAGGAGUUUGUUACAUAUCAGGCUUCCUGGAUGAAUGCCCCCAGCUCUCUUGGAGGGGGAAGCAGAAAGACUGCUGAUCAGGCAGGGGAUGGGAACUCCCCGAGUGGCCACAUGGGCAGUCUCAGUAGGAGUCUCAGGCCAGGCUCUGUCUGUGGAUUCCCACUUCUCUGGGCUGCAUCUCACUGUUCAGGCUAGAGUCUGGUCCUUGCCCAUCUGCAGGUCCAGGAAGAUGUGGCCCCAAAUUCUCUGGACCUGAUGUCCUAGAUCCUGUGCACUUGGCUUCAUGGAUAGAGUCUGAGAAGGUUGCAGGAUCCAGUAGCUGGACCACAGAAUGCAGCUUGGGGGUUUGGCUAAGAUGAGCAGACUGGCCCAUGGUUGAGACUUUGGACCUGAGCUGAGUCCUGGUUCUACCACUUCCUAGAUGUGUGACCUGGGACAAGUGACUCACCUUCUCUGUGCCUUGGUGUUUUUCUCUAACAUGGGGCUAAUUGGGGUAACUACCUCACUGAGCUGUUAUGAGUAGAUGAUCCAGUGGGCGUGAAGCAUUCAGCACAGAGCCUGGCACGUAAUAGGCCCUUGAUAAGUAAAACAGCAACAGUAGCUGCAGUUAGGAGAAUGUGACCCCAGAAGGCUCAUGGGAAAGGAGGUGCAGUCCUGAUGGAUGAAGGGUACCUGUCCUCCACCCCGGCUGCAGAGCCCCCAGUGAGACAGCUGCUGUGGCAUGCUGCCUCUGCUACACACUCAAGAAACACUUGAGGACAUGACUGUUCCCUCUCAAGUUUGAUGGGAUCACUCUGUUCCUUCCAGACCCGACUUGUGGUGUGAACUUGGACAAGCUCCUGCUGUCUCUGGCCUUCAGUACCAUAUUUGUAUUAUGAAACUGCCCUUGGCUUGAAGCUAGACUAUGGGGGUGGCAGCUCUAAGUCCUACAAACAGUAGGGGUAGUGGUGGGGAUGGGCAGCCUGAAAGCCAUGCCAGCACUGCCUUCCUUGGGGAAAGAGGUGGCCUCUGGAGCAAUGCUUCGCUACCCUACAUCUGGGUCUGUCCUUGCCCAACUCCUAAGCUGCAGGAUCGCUGAGGAGUCCACAUUGCCAUAUCUGCCACUUACAGAGUGCCUACUGUGCACCCAGCCCACAUUCACUAGUGUCCUCAAAACAGCCUUGAGAGGAAACCAACGAGGAAACAGAGUUACAGUUCAGUUAAGCAACUUACCUAACUUGUGGCUAACGCAUGGUAGGGUUAAACAUAAGCCUGACAUAUGCUAGCCACAUGACCCUCCCUUUCCAGGAGCCUGCUGGCAUUGAUACAGGUUGACAAAGACCAGUCCUACUCCGUUGUCUGCCAUUACUCCAGCCAAGUCCAGGGACACGUGAGGCAAGGGGAGCUGGGGCUGCUGGUGUGGCCGAGACCUCAGCUUCAGCAAGAUGGUGCCCCAAGUUCUCAGGGUGCCCUGUGGUCCCCUUCAUUCAUAACAUUGAUCAUGUUUGUAACUGUAGUUGAUUCUCACUCAUCGCAGUAGUUACAUCUUAUAAAGUCACCUCUGACACUGAGUUAGCGCAUACUGAACUAUUGAUCCUAGGGGAAAUACAGGGUUAGGUUCCUGCAAGCUUCUGGUGACAACAUUUUCAUUACCAAUCAGUGCAUAACCUUGUUUUAUGUGUGCUUCUGUUUAAAGAUGCCUAAUUUACUAUAUAUUCUUGAUUCGUUAACAUUGAACUCAGCCAACAGCUCUAUAACUCAUGACUGAAUGAAGCUUAUCUAGCACACAUAUUUUCUCUGCAAGGCAUAUCAGAGCCUUCUGUGCUUAAGAGCACAAGAUGGCACUUCAGCGCCAUGCCUGGGGAGCAUUUUAAGCAGCCAAAUCACCAACACAAAGCACAAACAUGCACAAAGCAUGAUGCUAAACAGACUGUGAGAAGGAUGUUUGCAUAUAGGAUGAGAACUGAACCACGAAAGCAGAGCAUCAUCUUGUUCGACCUCAGUUGAGAACAUGUUGUCGGGCCACUCAAACUUUUCACUGCUCUGCGCAUAUCACGAAUGAAGUGAAUGCACCAUGAGUAUUGAUUUUGGGUGAUAGACAAAUUUUAGUGAAUAGGCAAUUUCGUAAAUACAGAAUCCACGGAGGGUGAGGAUCCACCGUAUGUACUUAUCUAUGCCUCUAAUUAUUUGGUUUCCACCAAAGCACUUGUUCACCAGAUUAUCUUAUAAUCCCAAAGGCCCAGCAAAGACAGGUGCUUGUUCAAUGUCUGUUGAGCGACUGAAGGACAACACAUUCCUGGCCUCCCCACCCGCCCCCAGCGGGACCUAGCACAUGGCCUGCUGUUGACACUCCAUGUGUCUUUGUUGAUAGAAUUCAUAAAGACAGAUGGGAAAAGGGGCACCCCUCUUGUGGGUUCCUGAUGCUGAGAGUUGUUGGAAUGUUGAUGCUGCCACCAGAGAAGGGUGACAGCAUGCAGACAGACUGGAAACCCAGAACCCCCUGGGGAUAUUCAGAUGGUGUCACUGGGCUUGGCCUGUGGGCUCUCAGCACAUCUAGGUACUGGGGCCCAGGGUGACUCUGAGUGGCUCAAGUCCCCUGGCCAGAUCCUCUCCAGAUGGGCCCCUGGCCAUCUUAGCCAACGUCACCUGAUUCUGUUUUCUCUGACUCUGUCCUCAAAAGGCAGCAUCUGAUUGUGACUUGGUCCAGAAAUUCCUGGCCAGAAUAUUUCCAGUGUGGUGCACGUGAACUUUCCGCCUUCCCUUCCUUCCCUCCUCCCUCCUUUCUUCACUGGGGAGAAAGAAUUUGGCAUUCGAGUAUCUCACCCCGUCUUGCUAAGCAGUUUAGUUAGACUGCAGGCCAGUCUCUGUGGUGUGACCACCCCCCAGUGGCAAGGAGCUGCCAAAACUGAGCUUCUGGGCAAGACGUGGGCAGAGCAAAGAGAGACCCACACUUGGCACUUCCUGCCCAGAAAGGACCUGCUCAGGCCUGGCUGGCCUUUACCACCGUCAUCUCCAGGCUUUCUGUUCAUCCGUACUUUCAAAGAUUUAGUGAUCAAGUACUAUGUGUCAGGAACCAUGCUCAGCACUCGAUAAAACAGACAUCAUCUCUACCUACCUUUGUGGAGCUUUAAUCUAGUGUGGGGGACGGGGGGACUGCUUCCACCCAGAAACGACAUUUUUAUCCACUGCGAUAACUUCUGGGGAGACAUGGGAGGGAAUAACAGAGGGGACAUGAUGGAGAUGGGGGACUGCAGAGGGACUCUCCAGGAAGCCACAUUUAGGGGGUGACCUCAAGGGUGAGGAAGAAUUAGCCAGGUGGAAAGUUAGAGGGAGCAGCUGGUACAAGGGCCUCAAGGGUGGAUGCUUGAUGAACUGGUGCAGGCCUGUAUGGCCAGGUACAGCUGGCAACGAGGAGGCCCGGUAUGGGCAGGACCUGGGGGCCUGAAUGGUGGAGAGUCUGCUCGUCACCCCAAGAGACACAUCAGGAAGCUAGAAGGUCAGUCGGGAGAGAGAGGAUGUGACACUCUAGCCACCACCACGCAGAGAAGGGAUUGGAAACAGUAGCCCGGAGAGGAGGCUCUCUUGGUAGGAUCCCACGGCAACCGAAUGGAUGCACGUUGUUUAUGACGUUCUUACCCAUGAAAGCGCUCAAGGAUCCGCUUGCUUGCUUACAUGUGGGAUCAGCACUACCUUCCGUGCUGCCGAACAUCUUCUUAAGCGAGGGAAAGAACAAAAAGAAAAGUUGGCAAGAAAGAAAGGGCAAAGACAGAGAGACUGGGAGAGAAAGAGGCCCCGAUUUCCUCUCUCUAGUAGUUGCUGAAUUGGCUCUCGUGAAGGCAGAAAGGGAAGGGCUGACUUAUGUCCCUCUGCCAGGAGAGGGGAAAGGAGGGAGGCAUGAUAUUGACUUAAACGUGGGGGAUUUAAAAGGCCCCUAUGUUCCCACUUUGUGCUUUGCUUCUAACAGACAGCCUGGGACCUUUGAAGUCGGUCUGGCCCAGUGGGGAGCGGGCUUCUGUGGAGACAAGAUGCUAACGGGGGCGGGGGAAGGGGGCCAGGGGGCGGCCGAAACUCUAUUAGGCAUGCUCUAGCAAAAAGAAAGGCAAAUCCAAUGAUAAUGUACAUCUGUUUCAGGGAAUUUAUAAGCUUUGAACAUUUUUUAUGGGCAGAUAAGUGGGUCCUUUUCUUACCAUAACUUAGAACUUCAAAGCUGAGUGUGUGGAUAAUGCAAAUUGCUGAAAUAUGAGAUUUUCCCUACAAAGAGGUUUCCAAAAAAGACGAGGAAGAAAAAGAGAGGGGGAGAGAGAGAACGAAGGCUAAUUGAUGCCACAGUCUUUUAUGUACAUGGCAAAAACGGGACAGAAAUUGAUUUUUAUGAAAUAAGAAAUUGAUGGGAGACAUGGCGUGGGGAGGAGGCGGCCUUGUGGCAGGUGCUGGGAGGCAGGGACUGGGACCGGGCGGGUCCACCCAGGCUGUGGGUCAGCCCUGCAGGGUUGAGCUGCCUGGCUGUUGCUCAGGACCUGGGGACACAGUGCCCUCCGUCUAGGAGCCUUAAGGGGGAAAACAAGAACACUGUCACUCAUAAUGGGCAUGAAAGGACACUUCAGAGCCAGCCAAGGCAGUGUCAGCCCAGAACAACACCCUGGAACACCCAAGGGGGCUCCAAGGCAGGAUGGGACCCCCUGGUUUGGGAAAAUCAGAAAAGGCCUCUUGGAGGAGAGGGGCUCUAGGGGGCAGGUAUGAUCCUGAAGGGAAGACAGUGGGGUGGGACAUUUCAGAUGGCAAAACAGCUGGGUCAGGAUAUCCCCGGGGUCAUGCCUCUGCCGCCCAGACCCCACCACAUUCAGCCCUCUGUGCUUUUCUUGUCUCCCACAUCCCCAGCCCCAGUAACUAGCAGGGACACAGUCAACAUUCAAUAUGUGCAUGUUGAAUGAAUGAAUGAAUGAAUGAAUGAAUGUGAGAUCGUGAGAACACACAGCUGGUUGGCAAGGAGCAUCAACCAGCUCUUUCUUUUCACUAUAUUACAUAUCUACAGUGGUAGAGUCAAACUAGAAGACGUGAUGGGAUGGUGGUGUGGUCUCUGUAGUUGACCCCAUCAUCCUUUCUGUCCAUAGGUGAUUCGUCUAAGCCAGACAUGGCAAAGCCCUCACCUUUGCCAGUGACUGAUUCAGGAAAGAUCAUGUGUGACCUUAUUCUGGGCAAUGAGAUCUGAAGGGAAGUCUGUUGAGGAACUUGUAACAUGUCAUGGUGGUGGCCAUCUUGCUACAGCCUGAGGACCACAGAACACACACAGAGAGUGCUGGGUCCUUGGGAAUGAUGUUGAGCAAGCACUUAUACAUGACCUGGCAGCCACCCAGCAUCUGCACUUUAGUUAUUUGGUUUUUCUCAGGAGGAGAUCCUGAGAUGAAGACUCAGGAGCAAGUUGUUGAUUUUGAGGUGGCCCUGGGAAAGACAGGGAGGAGAGUGGGGAAGUGAGGCAGAAAAGGAAGGGAAGUUCCACUCCAGGAGCCCACGUGGAACAUACCUCAGAGUUGUCCCACCUGCACAGGGAGGGAGCUGAGGUAUUUACCCACCCAUCCUUGUCAGUCAUUGGUCAAGGGCUAUUUCUGUGCAUAGGCAUAGGCUUCAGCAGAAUUGUAGGUACUGGCAGUCGGAAAUUGGACCAGCAAACACAAAUGAUUCCUACAGGGGAUACAAGCCAGGCACAGGCAGUGUCUGUUACUUGGGGUUCCUGUUGCUUAGAGUUGAAAGCAUCAUAACCCAUCCCAGGUGAUCAUAGAAGGACCUCAAAGGAAAAGGUGAGGGGUUUGGACAUUUCCUGAGAAUCCAUGGGGGAACCAUUCAGUGUUUGGGGCAGGUGUCAACCACAAGAACAUUAAACAGGCUCUUUUGGCAGCAAAGUUGGGAGUGGUGUUGAAGUAACUGGGAAAACUCCACAGAGGCUCAGCGUCCACCUCUACCUGACACCCUGCCAGCAUCCUGGGUGAUUUCCGCAGGUGUCUGAACCCCGAUCUCUCAAUGUUAUGGCCCCCACCACCAGGAAGGCCUCCUUUUCUCUCUUCUGUAGCCACUCACUCCUGGGCCCCACUGUGAACCCAGAAAUGCCACACCAUGGAAGCCACACACUCUGCUGUCUCCUUCUGUCCUCAUUCCUGUCCUUCUCAUAGUCAGUCCCUCUUGGCUCUUCCUAGAGUCCCUUUCAUUCCCUCAUUUCCACUUCCUGCUGCUGUACUGUCACCUGUGGCCUGGAUUUGCACUCUUGGUCCAACACCCUCAACUCCAACACCUCUGUCUUUCUGCCCCAUCCACUAGACAAAAGCUGACUCUGGAAAACAUUAGGCACUCAGAAUCAAGGGUUCUGGGGUCAGAUGGAUAAUUGCCAUCAUCCUCACCAAGUUGCCACUGGACUUUCUUGCCCCUAAAUCCACUGGGCAUUUCAUUGCUACCUUUCUUGACUUCUUGAUUGUUUUUGUGAUACUGACACAUCCCCCCUUUCAGAACACCCUCUGCCCUUGGAUUCUGUGCACAGGAAGCUAGUUGCUCCCCUGAAUACACUCUUUCUUCCUUGUAAUAGAGCCUCUGAUUUUGAGCCCAAGAAUAAAGACUACAGUUCUCAGA